UGUAACAGGGUGAAGGUGCACCUUCAGCAGGCGUUUGUUCAGCUCUGACUGUGUAGAUCUCUGAGUUUGUUUAUGAAACCAUCCGGACAGGGGGACAGGAGUCUGUGGAAGUCUUUACUUCUCUUAUGACGUUAAUGUUCUGGUUGUGACCGUGCUGUUAUGGCUGACCCGUACGCCGCUCAGGCGCCGGCCUCUGGCUCGGCAGCUAAGAUGGAAGUUGUUCAGAGUCAGGUGAACGAGGUGAAAGUCAUCCUGACCGACAACAUUACUAAAGUGCUGGAAAGAGGAGACAAGUUAGACGACCUCAUCGGGAAAACCGACGACCUGCAGGCUUCCGCCGACUCCUUCCAGAGAACGUCGCAGCGGGUGGCCAGGAAGUACUGGUGGAAGAACAUCAAAAUGAUGAUAAUAAUCGGCGUGGUCGUUCUGAUCAUCAUCAUCCUCAUCAUCCUCGCCGCCACUAACGUUAUUUAAAUCUUCACUGUUUGCUCAGGACUGAAAUUUACCUCUGAUGAGAGUUUUUGAUUUCAUGUUUCAAGAGAAUACUUGUACAUUUAGAAGUAUCUGUGAUUUUGAAAGUAAUGAAAGUUAACCGAGUUUUCUUCAGAGACAACUUAAACACUCCAAACGUGAUGCAGCACCACUCUUGAUGUUUCAGAGAAGAGCCCAAACUCAGAGGAUGUUUCAAUCUUUUUUUAUUGUUGCAUUUCAUAUUGUUUAAUUACCUGUGUAUAUACUGCUGUCAAACUCUGUAAUAACACAUGUAUUAUAAGACUGAUGAUUAUGAUAAGGAGGAUAAAUCGCAACAGAGCAUUUUUUUUUUCUACCACAUGACUUAUAUAUGUGUGAUUUUUUUUUUUCUUCUUUUUCUCCAACCAAUCUAUCGUUUCCUUCACUGAAUAAAUGAAGCAAUUCACAA